AGCUCUCAGACUGAAGCAGACAAAGGCGAGGGGAAAGACGGCGUGCUCCCAUCCUGCAGUGUCGACUCACUCACAUCCACUCCCACACUCACACACCCACACCCUCACUCUCACUCCCUUCACUCCCUUCACUCCGCAAGCAAGCGACGCAGACUCUUCGGAGCUGGUCACCACCACCCCGCAUCCGUCACAACCAUCACAACUGUCCGUCAUCAUGGAGCUAGACUUUGGACAUUUUGACGAGCGAGACAAGGCAUCCCGUACCCCGCGGGGCGGGCGCAUGAAUGGUCUCCCCAGCCCUACCCACAGCGCCCACUGCAGCUUUUACCGCACACGCACUCUGCAGGCACUCAGCAACGAGAAGAAGGCCAAAAAAGUGCGCUUCUACCGGAACGGCGACCGCUACUUCAAGGGCAUCGUGUACGCCGUGGCCAACGAUCGAUUCCGCACCUUUGAUGCCCUCCUGGCUGACCUCACGCGCUCUCUCUCUGACCACAUCAACCUGCCACAGGGCGUCCGCUUCAUCUUCACCAUUGAUGGCUCACAAAGGAUCUCAACACUGGAUGAACUAGAGGAAGGGGAAAGCUAUGUUUGUGCCUCAGAGAAUCUCUACAAGAAGGUCGACUACACAAAGAACGUCAAUCCCAACUGGUCUGUGAACGUGAAGGCCUCGGCGAACCAGAAGAACAUGCAGGCCUACGCUGCCCGAGCUGCGGGCGACCCCAGAGAGGGCCGGGACUUUGUUCGACCCAAACUCGUGACGGUGAUGCGCAGUGGCGUGAAGCCGCGGAAAGCCGUGCGGGUUCUGCUCAACAAGAAAACGGCUCACUCCUUCGAGCAGGUCCUCACCGACAUCACCGAGGCGAUCAAGCUUGAGAGCGGCAUCGUCAAGAGGAUCUACACGCUGGACGGCAAGCAGGUCACCUGCCUUCAGGAUUUCUUUGGGGAAGACGACGUCUUCAUCGCAUGUGGACCAGAGAAAUUCCGUUAUGCCCAGGACGACUUCUCUCUGGAUGAGAACGAAUGCCGGGCGAUGAAAGGAGCCAAAGCUCAGCGUGGUUCAGUAAAGAGUCCAGGUCCAGUAAGGCGCUGCAAGUCUCCUGCUGAAUCAACCAAUGGCACGGGCUCCAGCAGCCAGCUGUCCACCCCACUUUCCAAGCAUUCCCCCACCUCCACCCCCACCAGUCCAGGCAUCAGCAACAAGCAGAAGGAUCUCUACCUGCCCUUAUCUCUGGAUGACGAUAACGAUUCCCUGGGUGAAUCGAUGUAGACUCCCGCAGCUUCUCGGCCUGAAGUUUUUAUACCUUCCGCUCACAGUGCCACCUGUUGUCUCGGAGAAUCCCUCCACAUCUCUUUUUAAGGCCUUAGCCGACGCGACACAAUUUGCUGCUUGACGAUGCCACAAACCACUUUUUGAAAGCAGUUUCGACCAAAUUUGGGACACUCACGCUCACCAUUGUUCAGACAUCAUUUCUACACGCAGGUCAGACUCGAUUUCACACAAAAAAAAAAUGGGUGCACACGCUCACGAGGCCACAGACUUCACGGUGUCCAAACAAAAUUCACUUUGGUUUUCUGACAUUUUGUUGAAGCAUGUCACAUCAUUUCAAGCAGCAAAUUGGUAUUUUUAGGGGUGUUAGACGAAAGCAACGCCGCUUUUGUAUCGCUUGUAUUCGUGAUGUUCCUCCAUGUCUUACUGUCUCUCUGCGCUCCAUGGUUAACGGUGUGAAAGGUCAACGGGUUCCCUGUCAGAGGGAAGUCGAGCAACUCUCUGUAAAUACUGUGUAUAGCUUUAUCCACCAUAACUUCUCUGUCCAUUGCUGUGCUUCCGUAUCUCCACCAAACUCUCUUGCCUAACAUAAUACAGGGUAUGAUGAAAGAAGCAACCAAAAUGGAGUCCCUGUACUGAGGUUCACUGGCCUCCUGGAUGACAGUUCAUGUUCCCAGCUUGUAUUUAUUAGAGGAAUUGAAGCUAAUUAAUAAUAAUUAAUAACGAGAAAACAAAAUCCGAGUUUCUAAACCAUUCAAAUCCACACUUUUAGCGAUCUGUCCAGGCAGAGACAAAGGGAAAUCUUCAUGUUGGUGUUUCCUCUAUUUUCACCCUCUCCGUGUAGAACAAUAGGCAUAACAUAAGUAUGUGUUUUAGAUGGUCACAAACUGUGGUGCAUGGUAUCAGUGAAUGACCACAACACUAAGGACCUAACAACAACAACAACAACAACAACAACCAAAGGAUAAAAAACAAUUAGGCCACGCAUUACAUAUAGUUUUGUUGUCCAAGUCUGAGUAAAGUCCCCGUUUAGAAGUUUCAUCGUGACACCACCACCACAGAUGGUGAUGUGUUUGCAGUAUACGACGUGUGACGGUCUCAAAGCCAAAGCAUGAUUUUUAGACUUGAAGACCGCGUGUGUUCCGUUCCCAGAGGCAGCACACGCGUGGAGACUUAUGCAUGUUGCUUUUAAACGCAUCGAAAACGACGAUUUAAAAAGAUUCAAAUCAUGCUCAUCCGAGGGAACAAGCUGUAGUGGGAUCUCUGCUCUUUCUUUGCAUGGCUCAACAUAGUUCGGGGUGGGUUUGAAAUUAAAAAAAAAAAAGUCUAUUCAUUUUUAUCAAGGAUUGUUUUUCUACUCAAGCCUCUGUGUGCAACUCUGUUUUUGUAGUUUUUGUCUCUGAAAAUCUGCCCAGGAGAGUUUUCUCAGGUUUUGCAGGGAAUCAAAGCUGAGAAAUCCUCUAAAUUGGACGAUGCUUAAGCACAACGCAGGGAGCCACUUAUUCUAUACAUCACAGCAACAGACACUUUACUGUCUCCUUGCCGGCGUUCAAAUCGUGACCACAAUUAAUUUCCUCGAUGUUCUGAUGAAAAUGCUGCACGUGUAGCGUUCAUUGAAUUAACAUCUAUGCAUUCAAAUUGAAGAAUAGUUGAGUUUAAUGUAGAGUGUGACCUUUUUAUACCUACUAGAAUAAUAAGAGAAGGGACUGACGUUUUUUUUUUUGUUUUUUUUUAAUUGCUUACGCGACAAAUUACAAACAACAAAAAAAUCUGGUGUACUGAGUUACACUUCUCUCCUGCAGGGAGCGCUGUCACACCAGCACAGCAGCUUAACAACAUCAGCAGGGACACUUCACUUUACCCACCAUUUUGUACAAAAUGCCACAGUAGUUGUCGUUUUUUCCUCCAAGCUUUCAGUUUUGUAUAACCUCACAUGCUAAUAAUGGUCUUUUUCUACAUCUUAUUACAGCGUUUUAAACAUUAACACAAGAUGUUGUCUCGUGUAAACGAUGGACGGUGUCACUUCAUCACCUACAGUGGUGCCUCUUUUUAUUUCUUUAUUAUUAUUAUUAUUUAGUUUUUUAGAUAACUGUCGUUUGAUAAAUAAGACCGGACGUGGAAGGCUUGUUCUUUGUUGACAGCAGUUUGUAAAACAUUUUAAAUGUCUUGACUGAGGAAGUUUCCAAAUGCAUUUUGGUCACAGGACACGUUAUUUUGGUGUAAAUACGCCCUUCUGAUCGACUAAAUGACCUUUAUUUCUUGGGAUAUUACAAUGUCCUUUUUUUGUGGUAUUUUGCAAUGUCACAGUGGCUUGUUUCAGUGCUUCAUUCAGUGUUUUAACCGGUAUCCUUUUGCAAAUUAAAACUGUUGUAUUUCA